AUGUGUUCCCAUUUAGGAGGUGCGCACAAGGGAAGAUGUUCAGAGAACCUAGAGCCACGGGUCACAGAGUCGCCCACCCCAGCCGGGCCAACAGCAUCUGCAAGAUCCCCAAUGGCGCUGCCCUCUUCCUUCUUGGUGGCCCUGGUGGCGCUGGGCUGCAACUCCGUCUGCUCCCUGGGCUGUGACCUGCCUCAGACCCACGGCCUGCUGAACAGGAGGGCCUUGACGCUCCUGGGACAAAUGAGGAGACUCCCUGCCAGCUCCUGCCAGAAGGACAGAAACGACUUCGCCUUCCCCCAGGACGUGUUUGGUGGAGACCAGUCCCACAAGGCCCAAGCCCUCUCGGUGGCCCACGUGACGAACCAGAAGAUCUUCCACUUCUUCUGCACAGAGGCGUCCUCGUCUGCUGCUUGGAACACCACCCUCCUGGAGGAAUUCUGCACGGGACUUGAUCGGCAGCUGACCCGCCUGGAAGCCUGUGUCGUGCAGGAGGUGGGGGAGGGAGAGGCUCCCCUCACGAACGAGGACGUUCAUCCCGAGGACUCCAUCCUGAGGAACUACUUCCAAAGACUCUCCCUCUACCUGCAAGAGAAGAAAUACAGCCCUUGUGCCUGGGAGAUCGUCAGAGCAGAAAUCAUGAGAUCCUUGUAUUCGUCAACAGCCUUGCAGAAAAGAUUAAGGAGCGAGAAAUGA